CUCUUUCUCGCCGUGCCACUCCCACCUCUUUUCGCUGAUAAGCACGCCGCUACUCCCCACUCCAUCCAUCCAUCCAUCCACCCGCCGCUUUUCUCUCUGCUUUGGAGAGGGAGCCGCACGCAGUGGUUGUUGUUGCUGCUGCUGCCGCUGGUCCGCCAGGGUUCCGGGCGCUGUGCUCAUUCCACCGGUCGGCGGUGGGCUUUUCAGGCUUCUUCGACGGUGUCGAGAGUGGAGGAAAUGUCGACCACGGAGUGCGCGGACCUCGGGGAGGAGUUCUGGCUGCCGGAGGACUUUUUGGACGACGACUUCUUCUCCGAGGAGGAGAAGGCGGCCGUGGCGGCCCGGAGCGAGAGCGACGAGGAGGACAGCCUGGCGGGGCUCUCGCGCCGCCUCGCGGGCCUCCUCGGCGACGGGGGAGAGCGUAAGGCUCCCGCGGCCAAGGCGGAGGUGACGGUUGGGUCGCCGCAGUCGACGCUGUGCGGGCUGCCCAAGUCGGGGCAGGAGAGCCCCAGCGGCGGGGCGUCCAAGGGCACCUCGCCGCCGUCAUCGCCCCUGGACCAGAGGCCCGCCGACCCGUGGGAUCUGCUCUACGAGGCGGCCGGACAGGUUGCGCGCAUGCGCGCCGCCAACAGCGUGCCGGUGCCGGCCGCCAACGGUUUCCACGGCCGGAGCGGGUUCGCGCCGCCGCCACGCAAGCCCUCGCCACCGCCAAUCGCACCUCCCUCCACCAAAGUCCCUGCCGGUGGGCACUACUACGACCCGUUCGCGCGCUUGGUCUCGCAGCGCCAGAUGCAGGCUGCUCAGUUCCAUCUCCUGAAGCAACAGCAACUGCUCAAGCUACAGAGGGAGCGCCACCAGCUUGCCGCUGCCGCGGCGUGGAGCGCGCGCCAGGGCGCAUGCGCCAAGCCCGUCGGCUGCGUUCGCGGCGACGCGCUGCUUGGUCUGAACCCGGCGGCGUGCCUCCCGCCUCAGAAGCCGCAGCACCACCACCACCCCCACCAUGCGCCGGCGGCUCCGGCCUCUGGCAUGCGUGCCGUGUUCCUCACCCCGUCCGGCCCCAAGCGCGAGCGUAACGGCACUGGCGUGUUUCUUCCCAGGCCGGCUGGCGCCCCGGCAGAGCCGAAGAAAAAGACAGGGUGUUCGACGGUUCUUGUCCCUGCUCGCGUCGUCCAGGCUCUCAAUCUCAACCUCGACGACCUCGGCGCGCAGCCUCGUUACCCAGGCGGCUUUGUUCUUGAUCACGAGGCCUUGAUUAGUAGGAGCAACGCCAUGCUUGCGAGCCAGAAGCGCCGGGCUGCCUCGCAGGCACUGUGCCACAGUUCUUGAGUGAUGUCGCCGCCGACUGGAGCAGACGAAGGGAACCACCACCACCAAGAUUCCGGCGACAGCCAGCCAGCCUUCGCGUGGUCGUCGCUCCAGCUACAUUCCUAAUAAUUAAAAAAAUAGUUCCGAGUACCUUUUGUUAGGUAGUGUGUUAGCAGCAGAGUUAGGAAGACAGUAGUAGCGUUAGCAUCAGUGGUAGGUCUGUUCAUUUUGGAUCCGGUGAUAUAUUGGUUCUUUGGAGAUGGAGGAGAAGCUUAGAAAUCCAGUUUGGUGGUUCGGGGGAACAGUAAUAAUAAGGGGUUCGAGAGAGAGAGAGAGAGAGGUGUUAGCUGAUGCAAGAAUGUUGAGAUUUGAAAAAAAAAUGUUGGAUUAGGGAUUUAUCGCUCAUGGAGAUGAUAGGAAAACAACCUGUCGUUUCCCCAUCCAUCCACGAGUGGCUUUUGCUUGCUUUGGUGGGCUACCAGCAGACGCAGCAAGAGCCUCUCUCUCUCUCUCUCGUCCCUCUGUUUGCAAACCUUUUCUUACUUGCAAAAGAAGCUUGCCGUGGGCUCCAUGAAUAAGGGCGUUUGCUUUGUUGUCCUAAGUAUUUAUCAAAGGAAUUGUUUGUGUUUCGUCUGUACCAGUGCUUGCUAGUAGUAACAGUGUCCCCCUGUUUCGCUACUAGUAAUGGUGUUUAUUAGUUAAGUAGCUAGUUGCUUAGCACAGCUGCUGGUUGCAGGUUUCCAGUGUCGACAGCAGCGAUAUAAAUUUAUAUAUAUCUUGUGUAUGCCUCUCAUGGCUUUGUGGUACAAUAAUAUAUGGAAUUUCACUACUACUGAAC